AUGUGGCUACUUUUUCCUUCGUAAACAAAAAUUUGGAAUUUAGCUUAAUGCUACUACUGUCUUCCUGUUUAAUUUUAAAAGAAGGCUUUGAAUUUCUGCUUGAAGUUAUUGCAAAUAUUUAAAAACUGUUCAUAAUCGAAGUCAGUAUUUUAGAUUUAAUAGAAAAAUGGAUUUUCAUUCUGUAAUGGAAACAUUUGCUGAAGCAUGGGUUGCAGCAAACACACAUACUCCAUUAACUGAAGCUGCUGAACAAGGUUUAAUAAAUGGGCCAACUAAUCACAAUACACCAAAUCAUGGGCCAAGUAAUCAGAAUCAGAGCCAAUCUGUUCUUACAGUUUUGCAAGAACCAUCUAAACAGCAAACAGAAAAUCUGUCAGUUAUUGAAAACAAAGUAUCAGGAAGCCAAAGUCCAACUGAUUCUCCUAGUAAUUGUUCUUCCAUUGGAGAAACCAUUAAGUCUCAUAAAGUCCAAGAAAUGCAUGGGAAAUGUUUACCGGUCCACUGCAUAAUAGAGCAAAUUCCAGGUCCACAGGCUUGUGGUCAGUAUGUUGAACUCGACAGCUAUGCAAUCGUGCCCAGUGACACUUUAUUUAGUGACUUAGUCAGAACUGCUUUAGGUAAACUGGGAUAUUCUGGUGCCCAAAUAUUGGGAGCCAAAGGCUCGAUUCAAGUCAAAAAAUGGAAGCCAUUAGCAUUUGACCAAAUUACAGAAAACCCCGAAGCCACAGUGGGAGAUAUUCUUGGAGAUCUAACCACAAUGGCUUCACUUCAUGUACGCUUGUAUAGUGUACCUGACAAUCCUCAAGAAUGGAAAGAUAUAACUGUACGAAAUGCAGUUCUUGAACUUUUAAGGGAAAUGUCUCAAAGCAAGUUAGCUAAAUUAUGCCCUUUAUCCCAACCCAUGCUAUCAAAUAUUAUUAAUAAUAGAUACAUGGGAAAAAUCGGGAAAGAAAAGUGUCAAGAGUUUGGACAGUGGUAUUUAACAUAUAGGAAACAGCAUCCAGAGGGCUCUACUCCUGAAGUUGUUCCAAGUGAUAGACCAGUUGAUGGACGUUUAACAUUUCAUCCAACAAAAGAACUACCCAUUAUGAGAGACUGGUUCCAUGGUUGUAGAAACCCAUCUCGUAGAACAUUACAGAUGUAUGUUGACAUUCUUAAUCAAGGACCAGUUAGGCAACAAGAGAGGCCCAAAAUAUCUUUAUCAACAUUGAAAAACUGGUGGAAGAAUGAAAAACAGCGUGAAAGGAAAAAUCAAAGAUCAGAUGAUACAUCUACCGAUGCAACAACCAAGCCAAAGCGUAGAAAAAAAGGAGAAGGUAACCAAAAAGAAGGCUCUGGCGAUGUUGGAAUUCAGAACUUCAGUGGUUCAAGUUCUCAAGACACACCACCAAAAUCUAAUAGUUUUACAUUAAUCAAUCACAGUGAAACUGAAAGUGAUGUAGAACGAUUUAGCAGGAAAGAUGGCGAGUUGAGUGAAAGCAGUUUAGUCAGUGACUCUAGUCAUCAUUUUCCAAGAUCUAAUUCAUCAGAUGUAAGCAAAGCAAACUGUAAAUUCACUUUGCUUAAUCAUGGUGAUAAUGAUAGUGAUAUAGAUAAGCAUGAUAGGAAUGAGAGUGAACUUUCUGAAAGUAGGUUAAAUGGACAUAUUAUUCAUCCACUGAAAGAUUCACUUUCUGGAGAACCACACUAUUUUCAUAAACUUCAUCCUGUAUGUAUUGACCAUCCCCAUAGUUUGUUUAGUUUUCCCGAUUCUCAUUUAAAUAUACAAAAUAGUUCCAAGAUUUUUUGUGAUAGUAAUGAAAGAACUAAUAUUAUGGAUGGAAGCAACAGUCAUAUGAGCUCAGAAGAAGAUGUUGAUGUUGGUAUAUGAAUAGCAUUGUGCAGUUUAUAUUACCUUUAAUCCAUUUCAGUGUGGUAAAAAAAAAAAAACUUAAGUUUUUAUGUUUUAUCUGUGAUUUAUCUACAUAAAAUAACAUAUCAUCUCAUGAUCAUGAAAAUUGAGUUUCCUUUAUUAACUUUAUUAUAAGGAAAAUCAUUUUUAAGUUUAAAAUUUGCUUUCUCUUUUAAUAUUGAACUGAAUAAUGAUCAAAAUACAUUAUUCUAGAAAUGUCAGUUUGGCAAGUUUUUAAAACUUGAUGCUUUGUUCAAAAAUGUGACGUUUAUAAUUUAAAUAUAAAAUGAAAAUCGGCAAUUAAUAUUGAUUGGAAAUACAAAGUAAUAAUAAAAAGAAGACAUGUAUCCUUAAGCUAAAAGAAAAUUAAUUUUAAAUUUGUGUUAGUUAACUCUGCCAAUAUGAAAAAGUGCAAAUGCCUGUUCAGUGAAGCUACAGAGCAUCCCUAAAUCCCCAGGAUAUCUUUGCCAAAUUCUUCCCCCAUUUUUUAAGUGUGAUUGAUUGAAUAUCCAUAGCACAUGCUUGUUCAUUAGAUUACCCAAAUAGAUUUGAGGAACCUUUUUUAUAUAAGAACUCUUUAAGAACAAGAAUUAGCAUUGUGGUUUUAAAGAAAAAUAGGAAUUCCCACUCACCUUUGAAAGAUUAAAAAAAAACAAAAAAACUCCAGCCUAAAUGAAAUAAUCCAAAGUAUUUUAAUAAUUAAGCAAAGAUAGAAAAUAAUGAUUUUUAUACAUUUUAUACUUUAUCUACAAAUUGAAAAAAAAAAUAUCUCGCAAGCAUGGAAAUAAAACAAUUAUCAAAGUAUUGAACAAACUGAAAAAUUAAUUCAAUUUGUUUAGUACUGUGGACUAUUAUAAAAAAUAAGAAUAUUUUCACUCCAUUGCAAUAUAUUCCCUGUUCUUUUUUAAUGAAGAAAACUUUUCAGUAUAUUAUGAAAUACUUUUUACCCUAUUGCACCUUAAAACAUCUGGAUCCUAAGAUGUGUCUGAUGUUUGUUGUGAAUUAUAUCAAUGCAGGAAAAUACAAAAAUAUUAUCUCUUAAAUGAAUAUAUAGAAGGAAAUGUGCUUAAGGUAUCUUUCUUGAAGUUUUUAUUUUACACUUCAAUAUGAUAUUUGAACUGAUAUUAAACACAAUUUUUAA